GCGGUGGCGGAGGAGGAGGCCGGGGCGGCGAAGGAGGAGGCGGAGGAGGAGGAGGAGGUGAGGAAGAAGAAGGUGCUGCUCCGGAUCUAUGGCGACGGGACGGAUCGCUUCUUUGAUCGCGCCGACGAGGUGUGCACCUUCGAGUGCAUCUCCCUCCACGGCCAGGGCCCGCGCCUCCUCGCCCGAUUCCCGAACGGGCGCAUUGAGGAGUUCAUCCACGCUAGGACCCUUUCAGCUGUUGACCUUCGUGACGAAAAAAUUUCUGCUCUCGUGGCAGCAAAACUAAGGGAAUUUCAUGAUCUUGACAUGCCUGGUCCAAAAACAAUUCAGCUUUGGAACAGAUUAAGGAAUUGGCUUAGGGCAGCAAGGAGCUUGUGCCCCCCUGAGGAAGCCGAAGAAUAUUGCUUGGAUAUCAUGGAGGAGGAGAUUACUGAUUUAGAGAACGAAUUUUCUGGCCAGAAUCAGAGGAUAGGGUUUUGUCAUAAUGAUCUUCAGUAUGGCAACAUCAUGAUUGAUGAAGAGACUAGCUUAGUGACCAUAAUUGAUUACGAGUAUGCAAGUUUCAAUCCAGUUGCAUAUGACAUUGCGAAUCACUUUUGUGAGAUGGCGGCUAACUACCAUUCGGAAAAGCCUCACAUAUUAGACUACACCAAGUACCCAGGUUUCGAGGAGCGUAAGAGAUUUGUGGAGACCUACCUGAGUUCUUCUGGUGAGGAACCUGAUGACACCGAACUCGAGAACCUGCUCGAAACCAUCGAGAAGUAUGCUCUCGCAAGCCAUCUCGUAUGGGGCCUUUGGGGAUUAAUCUCUGAACACGUAAACGACAUCGACUUCGACUACAUGGAGUACGCGCGGCAAAGGUUCCAGCAGUAUUGGCUAAAGAAAUCUUUGACUUUGGUUUAAUAACCUCUUUAGGAAAGAAGAAACAAAAAAGAAAAGAAAGGAAAAGUAAAGUUCAAGGGCCUCAUCAAACAAAAUCGCAGCUUCAUCAAGUUACCGGGGUUUCAACUUUUCUGGGUGCAAGGCUAAGGUUAACAAAGUGACAUCUCUAGAAAAUAUAAUCCUUAAGAUUGUGCUGUUCGCGCCGCAAUAUGUACAAAGGCUCAAGCUGUACAAUAAAAGUAGUAAAUAAACUCGAGUAGUGUCGUAAAAUCAAAGCUGUUAUGCUACAAUAACAGUGAGAUUUUGGUGUUCCUAAUGUUUGUAUUACUAUAGGAUUUCGACUGUAUUGAUGUAUAUAGCACAUAAAUACCCACUAAUAAUGGUUUAAGAGUGAUUUUGAAGUUUAGGA